CAUUCAAACCACAACAAGCGGAGAGCAGCUUCUCCAGCGGAUUUGCUAGCUAUCGCGAGGCUAACUAACUAACUUUCUCUCUCACUCUCCUGGGUCGGCCGGUCCCCUCUAACCCGAGCGUUGGCGUUGGCGUUGCCCCGAGCGAUGGACCGUGCCGGGCGCCACCCGAGGCUGACAUGUGGGGCGAGAUCAUGAACGAUAAGCUGGUGUUCCUGGGCCUGCUGUACUUCGUACAGGGCAUCCCGUACGGCCUCCAGUCCUCGCUGCUGCCCGUCUUCCUGCGCGGGGCCGGACACUCCCUGACCCGCAUCGGCCUCACCAAGAUCCUCUACUUCCCCUGGGUCCUCAAGGUGCUCUGGGCGCCGCUGGUGGACCGCCUCGGCACCAAGCGGCGCUGGCUGGUUGCCACGGUGACCGGCCUGGCGCUGACAUGCCUGUGCAGCGCGGCGAUGGCGCCCGAGGCUCACAUCUGGGGCGUGGCGGGAACCCUGCUGGUCAUGAACGCGCUGGCGUCCGUGCAGGACAUCGCCGUGGACGGGGCCGCCGUGGCGUUGCUGAAAGGCCGCGUGGAGCUCGGGCUCGGCAACACGGCACAGGUGGUGGGCUAUAAAGCGGGCUCGGUGUUUGCCGGAGGAGGGCUGCUGGCUGUGAUCGACGUGGCCGGAUGGAGCUGGAUGUUCAUGCUGCUGACCUUCGUGUACGCCGGCGUGGCUCUGUUUGUGUGGGGCGCCCCGGUUCUGGACGAAGAGACCCUCAGGGGCCCGCAGGUGGAGGGCAGCAGGAGGGGGGGGCAGGACGCCAUGCGGCCCUGGAGGGUGUGGAGGAAGAUGCUGGCUGUUCCCGGCACGCCUUGGACCAUCCUGUACGUGCUGACCUACAAACUAGGUGAGCAGGGAGCAGUGACCAUGUUUCCUCUCUUCCUGUUGGAUCAUCACAUGACCGCCCGGGAGCUCGGCUUCUGGAACGGAGUCAUCGCCAUGGGCUUCUCCAUCUGUGGCUCAUCCCUGGGGGCCUGCUGCUGGCUCAGUUCAGCAUGGGCUCUCUGAUGCGUCGUGUGUUCGUGCUGCGAACCGUCAGCAUGGUCUUCCAGAGCUCCCUGCUCACCGUGCUGGAGCCGCCGCCGCUCAUG